CUCUAUCCUUCCUCUACCUCUCUCCUUACCUUCCUUACCUCAACUUCCUCAAUUGAUCCUUUGUACUUUGUACUCAACCCGGUACUCUCUUCCCCGAAUCCCUCAAUCCCUCAAUCCCUCAAUCCCCCAAUCCCUCAAUCCCUCUUCCCUUGAUGCUACUGCCCCACGCUGAUAUCGAUCCCCUCCUCGAACCAUCUUUUAUCCAGAAGAAGGGAGAGAAGAGUUGCCACACUCGCCCAAUAUUACCACUACCAGCCCGCACCCACGCCCUGAUCCUCUCUCCUUGCCUCCCUGCCGCCCCAAGAUCCAAAGGCCGACCCGUCUCGUCUGCGCCCGAGGACCCCGAGGACGCCCUCCUUCUUGGGACUGGAUCUGCUUCGAGACGCAAGAGACGGGAUACAGACUCGCACAGACAAAGCUGACAGGCAGAACAAACCAACCCAAGACGAGAGAGAGAACGAGAGAGGAAGACCAUAUUCCUCCAUUCACUGCUAGGGAAUCAGCUCAUACAUACAUAGCCAUUGAAGAAAAAAAAACGUACUACUGUACGAAGAGUACCAGUAUAAGUACAUGUGAAAUAUACAUCGGCCGCAAAUCUGCCUACCGCACGCAACUUUCCGUCCACCCGCCAUCGAAACCCCCAGUAUCUCGCAAAGCCAAAAACCAAACUCUGAUCACUCUUACUCUAUAACUACCCUUCGUUCAACAACAAUCAUCGUCACCCUUUAAUUCGACCAGAGAGGGCAUGUAUGAGGUAUGAGCAGCUGUCCCAAGGGUCCCACCAAGCCAGAGCUGUUAAGAGCGGGUUCGCGCGAGCUAGCCCCGUCAAUCACUCUCCCGGCGGGCCCCCUGCUACAACCUCGCGAACAAGGAAAAUCCACCGCCUGCCUCGCGCCCACCGGCCCACCGACAAAUACUCGACGUCUGAUAUACCCGGCACAAUCCUAGGCGGAGACCUGCGUGGAACGGCCACCUCCUUGCGCUGCCCUGCCUCGCAGCGACACUCCUCGAAACACAUCCCACACACCCAGCACCACCACCACACGCGUCCCUGUGCUGUGGGCGAGCCUCGCUGCCACCGUCCUGUUCAUGAUAGACUCGCUUGUCGACGACGGCGCUCUCUUCCUCGACGGCAGCGACGCUUUCCAGACGCCGCUGGAGCCCUACCAUACCGCCUACUCGUCCUCGCCGCCGCUGGUCCAACCCCGCUCGAUGUCGGGCGACCCAGCGGGUGUGCGGCGCCUGCUUCCUCAGAGCUCGCAGCCGCAGACCUUUACCUUUGCGCCGAACAACGUUGCUCCGCGCGAGGCGCAGAAGAAUUAUGUCUUCGUGGACGAACACAAUCGCCAUAAGCGGCUGAAGGUGAUGCGAGCCUGCGAAGGAUGCCGACGACGCAAAAUCAAGUGCGAUGCCGCCACGACGAACACCUGGCCCUGCUCGGCCUGUAUACGCCUCAAGUUGCACUGCAUCCCGCCGACGGCCAACUACGACGGCGGCCAGAGCCACGGCUUCGAGCCCGAGAAGGGAGAGUAUGAGAGCGGCAGCGGCGACGAGGAUUACACCUCGUUGGAGCAACACAUGCAGGCGAUCGACAAGAACGGACAGCCGCAGGGCUAUGCGCAGCAGAUCUCAUAUUCGGCUCAGAAUAAUGGAUAUCAGCAGCCAAUGGCUUAUCCCCAGCAAAACUUAUGUCAGCAGCAACAGCAGAUGCAAUAUGCCGCUGCGAUGAACCCGCCGGCUCUGAUGGAUAACAAUUACCCGCCGCAGCCGACUUUUACGUCUAUGCCGCCAGCAAUCCAGCAGCAGCCGUUACAGCAGCCGUUACAGCAGCCUUUGCAGCAGACUAUACAGCAACCUCUGCAACACCAACCCCAACGGCAGAUAUCACUAUCGCAGCUGUCGCAAACCCACUCUCCGGAAAUGUACCAGACUGAUCCCUACGGCACGCAAGACCUUGCCGAGUAUCUAGGAGCUCUGAAGAUGGAUGAGUCGGGAACUGCACCGUACUUGAGUAACAGGAAAAAGGAGUCCGCGGCGGUUGAGGAAGCUGUGUUUGAGGAUCCGGAUAAUUUUGCUAUUACACAAAUAACUGCAGGGCCAGGUUCGAAGAUACGGAUACCCCCUGAGCUAAUGCCCGACGAGGAAACGGCGCUGCACUACUUUGAUAUUUACUUCAACAACAUACACCCUUACGUUCCGGUGCUGAACAAAACUUUGUUUUACCACCAGUGGCAUAGUGAUAGGGAAGCUAUCUCGCCGCUGAUUCUGGAGGCUAUGUUUGCGCAUGCGGGGAAACUUGCGGAUGAGCCGUCGCAGGGGCAGCAGUGGCUCGCAUUAGCAACGCGGCAUGCUACUGCGUUUAUGGAUGACCCCCGAUUAAGUACGCUCCAGGCCAUGCUUAUCAUAUUAAAGGCACGGGAAGCUGUACCAAAACGAGGCUACUACUACCGAUCGUGGAUGACGGUUGUGCAAUGCGUUACUAUGGCGCGGGAUAUGGGACUUGACGAACAUUACGAGGACCACAAGGCAGGGAGGCCGUGUGGGAAUACUAAUACUGAAUGCGCUAUUAAGACACGGAUAUGGCUCGUCAUCUUCGUUGUCGAGCUGAUGGUUGGCUCGCCGCAGGGCAGGACGCACUUGCUUUCCGUGGAUGCGGAUACCGUCGAUUUUAGCAUCCCGAAACCGAUGCCGGGGGCUGACGACUCGGAUUACCACAUCCAACGGCAGUUCACAUACUUUGCGAGAUGCGUCGGACAUAUAAGGAACGUGGCCGUCGUGUACAGCAAGCUGAAGAAGAAGAAGGUGGAGGUGGGCAUGGACCCGAAGUUCCUCCAGCUCAACCCCUCAUUCGACAAAUGGAUGGUCGAACUCCCGCAAGAUCUCCAGGUCACCUUCCCACCCGACGGAUCCCCGCCCUGGCUCCCAACGCACUUCCUAGGGAACAUACACAUCCAAUUCUGCCUCGGCGUAGUUAUGCUCCAUCGCCCGCAACUAGCGAGUCUCGAUCCCAGCAACCCGGACGGAAAAUGGAAGCGCCACAUGCUGAUCGCCUACACGAACGCGAAGCUGCUCUGCCGUCUCCAGGAAUCCGUCCUGGACUCCUUCGGCAUGGAUGGACUUCUCUGCAUGGUCCGCGGCGUCAACUACAUCGUCUACAGUAUCCUCACCUGCACCGUUCUCCACCUCGUCGCUCUCACAUCCCCAGACCCGGACCUCAAUAAGGACGCGCGCGAGUACUUCACCCGCCACAUGCAACUCCUCGAGCGCUGCACGAACGCCUGCCCAAUGCCAGAUAUGCAGCAACAAAUCGACGCCCUCCGCGAGGCCUUCUCAGCCGACACCCGCAAGCCCUUUGAUCUCAAGCCCAGCUUCCCCUACGGCAGCCCCACCUCGAGCAACCAGAGUUCACCCCCCACCCUACAAUACCAGCAAUCCACCCUAUCACCAACGUCCUCAGUCGACCACCUCCCGCAUCAGAGCCUGAAUCAGCACGCGAGCCAGCACCAUGUCACGUACACCGGCCCGCCGGAGCAGAGUCCGGUGUCUGCGGGAGGGAUGAAGGUGGAGGGCGCGGGGGCGGUGCAGGGGCUAGUUAUGAUGGCCGGGGGGGGGAUGACGGAGCAGCAGGGGAUGCAGCAGGGGAUGCAGCAGGGGAUGCAGACGGCGAUGACGAUGGCGGAUCCGUCGGCGUGGAAUCCGGCGAGGAUUUUUGACCAAUGGAACACCACCUUUGAAACCCCCACCGCGGCAUCCAUGUCCGUCGGACCCCCACAACAGGGGAUGCGCCAUAUGUCCAACGCCGGCGCCGAACUCAGCGCCCAUCCCGACAUGAUGGGUAUUCCCCUGCUUCCGCUGCCGCCGAUGGGAUCAGCAGCAGCGCAGCAGCAUCUCCUGGCCCAACAGCAGUUCGUGGCGCCGCCGGCGGCGGCGUUUGUCAGCCCGAGUAUGUGGCAGGAGAGCGUGGCGAGUGUGUAUGAGGGGGGCUUGAAGAGGGGGUGGGCUUUUGAUGGGGGGAUGGAGGGGGGGAAGGGGAGGUAG